AUGUCGCCUAAAGACGAAUCAGAUGACACCGCGGAACAUGCAGAGGACAGAUCGGAAGGUGGAAACGUGGCGAGUUCCACGACAGAGAAUAUUACUUCCGACCAGCCAGUCCUGGCGGGCGAGAAAUCACAGGAAAGGGCCAUAGCUGAGGCGCCCCAGACGAACGUGGGCGAGGAACGGGUUGGGCGGCAUCGGGCUGAGGCCGAGGCGAAGGUCAAGGCUGGUGCUGGUGGUGAACGUGCUACGAGUGGCACUGCUGGAAGCAACAUUGGAGGCAACGUAGGAGGUAGUGGGGAAGACCACGCUGGAGACGAAGUGAGAAGCUAUGUGGAGAACAAUGUGGAGAGUAAUGCGGAGGGCGAUGUUAGAGGAGGAGGGGGCGGAGGUGCGACUGGCGGAGCUCCGGCGUCAGUAGCUGGACCAAUGUUAAGUGAGGGAGACCACGCGGUAGCGGUUGCAGCUUCAGGUUGCGGGACUUCGGAUUGCGGGACCUCGGGUUCGGCUUAUGACCUGCGACGGUCGGCGGGGGUUGUGUUACCUGCCCAGGUGCCACGGGUGGCGGUGCGUUUGUUUGUGGGUAGUGUCCCGCGAACAGAGGAUGCGGUGGAUGCGUUGCGAGUGUUGUUCGAGCGGUUCGGGCAGGUGGUGGAGUGUGUGUUGUUAAAGGAACGGGCGACGGGGGCACCGAAGGGUAGCGCGUUCGUGAUGAUGGGCUCGCUUGCAGAGGCGGACUACGCGAUCCGCGCUCUAAGCGGCGUGCAUAGACUCGAUCCCGCGGCCGACCCGUUGCAAGUGCGGUACGCCACCAACGAGCUGGGCGCACUCGGGAUCCCUCCCGAAGCUGCAAUCCCCGGCCUCGAUGGCGCCCGCCUCUUCGUCGCCGGCCUCGACCGACAAGUCGACGAAGACCAAGUCCGACACCUCUUCCGCACCACCGGCCCCGUAGACGACGUGCACCUCAUCAAGGACCCCGCCACCGGUCUCAACCGCGGCUGCGCCGUCGUCCGCCUCCCCUCAAAGGAACAGGCCCUCUACGCAAUCGCCACCCUCCGCGGAAAGGAAACGCCUGCCACCUGCAGACCGCUCGAAGUCAAGUUCGCCGAAGCCAAAAUGCCCACGCACUCCACACCCGCACACACCAUGACGGUCACGACCAUGGCGGCACCGCCAGCCAUGACCCUAGCGGUACCCCCCGUCACGGCGCCACCACCCGCGAUGGGAGUGCCGCCGACGAUGGCAGUACCUCCAGCGAUGGCAGUGCCUCCGGCGGUGGCAGUGCCUCCGGCGGUGGCAGUGCCCCCGGCGAUGGCAGUGCCUCCGGCGAUGGCAGUACCACCCGCGAUGGCUGUGCCCCCGGCGAUGGCAGUGCCUCCGGCGAUGGCAGUACCACCCGCCAUGGCUGUGCCGCCGGCAAUGGCAGUGCCUCCGGCGAUGGCAGUGCCCCCGCCCGUGGGGGCUAUGGCCCCUGCAAUGGCGAGCGCGGGGUCUUUGCCGGUCGGGUCCCACGCGGAUGGGGCGGCGAGGGGGGCGUCGUUCCGGGGUGGGUGGGGCGGGAUGGGGUCACCGCGUACGAACGGUGCGUGGUUGGAGUACUUUACUGCGGAGGAGGGACUUGAAUAUUAUUACAACGAGGAGACAGGUGUGACGCAAUGGGAGAAGCCGGCAGACUUCGACUUCCAGGGCCCAUUGGGCGCGAACCUGUUCAUCUUUCACGUGCCUUCGGAAUGGACUUUACGCGAUUUGGUCGCACACUUCCGUCCCUUCGGCCGUGUCACCUCCGCCUCCAUUGCCACCGAUAGAGCCACCCUCCGCAACCGUGGCUUUGCCUUCGUUUCCUAUGACCAAGUCGCCGCCGCCGCCCAGGCUAUCCAGCACAUGAACGGCUUCAGCGUCGGAAACAAACGCCUCAAGGUCAACGUCAAACAAAACGAAGAACACCACAUCGCACAUCUACUACAACACGAUAACACUGCACACAACACCGCACACAACAUACGCAACGGACCCCACGAUGGAACUGCAAACAGCGCGCCAGCGUACAACCAACCACCUUACAAUGCGUUGCCAUACAAUGCAGCAGCACAUACACAUGGUGGACCGGCGUACAGCGGGCCGGCGUACAAUGGACCGGCGUACAGCGGGCCGGCGUACAAUGGACCGGCGUACAAUGGAUCGGCGCAUAAUGGACCGGUUUACAGUGGAUCGGCGUACGAUGGAUCGGCGUACAAUGGCUCGGUUUACAGUGGAGCGCGGAUGGCACCUGCGGCGAGACCACCAAUGGGGCAUGAAGAAGUCCCGCUGAACACACCGCCAGCCGGAGGGCCUGUCCCAACCGGAUACCAGGCCGUGUUGCCAGCACCCCACCGUAAGCGAAUAUACAGACGCAGACCUUCCGUAUUUUCUAGCGGGGACGAGGUACAACCCAUAUUGAGCUUUGUCAAGCUAAAUGGUGGGACUAACGAAAAGGAAGCUGAUGGUUGUAUGGAGAGAAAAUAG